AAACCAAAAAAAAAAAAGCCGCAGCUUCGUCGUCGUCGUCGUCCUCCUCUCUCUCUCUCUCUCUCUCUCUCUUUUCCGCCAUUGGCAAUUCUUUCUGGUCCUCAAAUUUCCUAUCUUCUCGUCCUUCCUUUAUCAAGCUUGUAGGUCGAAGGAUUGCGUAUCUCUCUCCUCCUUCUUCCUUGUUGCUGCCACAGGGUUCUGAGCGCCCUGUUACUCAUCUCAUUCGUCUUCUUCAAUAGGCUCUUUUCUGUUGCGGGCGAUUCUAGGGUUAAAGGUCUCUCCUUUCUCGCCUUCUUGAAGAUUUUCUGCAAUCAUUUCCCGGUUUCGCGGACCGGACCCUUCGGCAAAUUACGAGGGCGGCCUUCAGUGGACGGAAACCGGUCGCCGGGUGCUUUCGUGAAGGGGAGAACCAAUAGGUGGAUCACCGUUCUCUGUUCUGGUUCAACCGCCCAACCGGAGGGAGAAGAGGUGGUCGUCGUUGAUCUACCUUUGGGGCGGGAAGCGGGGCUUUUUGAGGGUGGUUCUCCGUGAUUGGGUCCCGAUACUAUCUGGGUUCUGCCUAAUCGACUGCUGCCGCCGAGCGCUCGGUUGAACUUUUUGUUUUUCGUUGUUUCUUCCCUGUGAUUCGGCUGUGUGUUUUUUGGUGAUUUGUCUGCGGGCGAGCUUCAUUUAGCUGGGAUUCGGGCUUGAAGAUCCGGGAUUUUCCUGUGAAGCUUUUGCCGCGGGCGGACUAUUAGGUUUUGGGAGGCCUAAAUCGCCGCUUGCGCCGGAGAGUUGGGCGGAAGUUGUGCCCUUUUCUUCCUUUCUCUCGUGCUCUGUGUUGAGGCCUCAAUCCUCUGCUGCUGAGCGUCUCUUUGACCCACAUCAGUGUUUGGAGGUCGGUUGGUUUCGCCUUCGCCGCUUGUGAUUCUUCGACUUGUCCUGUUGCUCGUUUUGUGACACCGGGGAGGUUGCGGGGUUCAUGCGAUGGCGAAGGUGUUCGUGGAUUGGGAGGAAAUCUUCGUCUCUAACGACAAAGGAAGCCGGGUCGUUCAUUACUACCUGAAGGACUCGCAUGGGAACUCCGAUCUGGCCGUCGUCGGGCGAGAGAAGAGCUUGAGGCACAUGGUCUAUACCGUGCCGAGCCAGUUCCUUCGCCUAGCCGACGUCCAUGGGUUCCAGCCAUCGUCGUCGCUCAAAUGGAGGUCGAAGCGAGAGGUCGUGGACUGGCUUUCCUCUCUCAUCGCAGAUUAUGCUUCGUAUCAAGCCUCCCCGGCGGUUCAUUUAUCUAGUGACGAAGAAGAUCCUUUGGAAGAUCCUCUCGUUUGGAAGGGUCUUUCUUCAAAAAAAUCCAGGUUUCACUCGAAAGAGUUUACGUGGUUAGGUUCAUCUUGGAAGUGCAGGAAAAGGCGUAAGCAUUACCGUGCUUUCAACCGUAAUGGGAUUAAGAUAACGGUCCAUGAUUUCGUAUAUGUCAUGUCAGAAGAGAAUCGGAGGCUUGUAGCCUAUUUGGAAGAUAUGUAUGAGGAUUCUAGAGGUAACAAGAUGGUUGUGGUCCGAUGGUUUAACAAUGUCGACGAGGUUGGUAUCGUUUCGCCGCCUCGAUUUAGUGACAGGGAGAUCUUCUUUUCCCUUUGUCUUCAAGAUCUGAGUGUUGAAUGCGUUGAUGGACUGGCAACGGUACUCAGCUCUCAGCAUUUUGAGAAAUACUUGAACGAGGCCAGGGAGACACGAUGCGAACCAUUCUUGUGCCGCAGGUUGGUCGAUGGAGCCGACAUCAAGCCUUUUGACAUGACCCAGCUUCAGGGUUAUUGGAAUCAAAAGAUCCUCAGGCACAUGUACUCAUCUCCCGCUAGAAGCUUUUUGAAGCCCCUGUCACCCAGUUACUUUAAUCAGGGAGAAGAAGCUACUAACACUAACAAAAGCAAAUCUAAAGUGAAGGAUGGUAUUUCCCUUGAAUGGAAAAGUCAAGCUCCUAAUUUGAGUCGCAAGGGGAAUGGCAGCGUCACAGCUCUGGAGAUUGAAGACCUUGGCCGGACUGCCGUCGCCAACAGAACUGAAAUGGGUGUUGGUGGUAACGGCGGAUCUGCUGCGACGAGAAAAAUCACAAACAAGCAGAAGCCUCAGCAGCAGUUCUCUACAGGCUGCCAAAUCGAAGUGCUUUCCCAGGAUAGCGGUAUUAGGGGUUGUUGGUUUAGGGCCGUUAUCCUCAAGAGGCAUGGAGAGAAGGUGAAGGUUCAGUAUCAGGAUCUCCUUGAUGCGGACGAAACUGGGAAACUUGAGGAAUGGGUUCUGCUUUCACGGGCAGCAACAGUUAAUGACCUUGGCGUCCGAGUUUGUGGCAGGACGACUGUGAGACCCUGUCCCCCGACCAAAUGCAGGCUCACCAAGGGUUUCGACGUGGGAACCAUAGUGGAUGCGCGAUGGCACGACGGAUGGUGGGAAGGUAUUGUGGUUUUCAGGGAAACGGAGGACAAAGUGCACGUCUACUUUCCUGGUGAGCGGAAAACCGAAGUAUUUGAAACCAACAGCCUCAGGCACUCGCAAGAAUGGUUUUCGAGCAAGUGGAGUUUUCUCAAGGAAAGGCCAGACGUUGCCCGUUCGGUGAACUCCAAGGAUGAGGGCCGUGCCCUAGAUAAGCCAGAACCUUCCGAUCUUCAUGAACGGGGUUCAGGUGAGGCGAGGCCGCUCGGCACCCGGCAGCAAGAAACCUCUGCACCAUCGGAUGACACCAAAAUCUUAAAGCCAAGGGUUGGCGUGCUCUCUGAGACUGAGACCAGACGCAGUCCGAGUUCAGAGCCGCCCGUGGCGGUCGAUAGGAAGCGCGAGAGAGAAGAAGCAUGGCCAGUGAAUCUGGAGAAAGACAACCUGCUCGCUGGCUUGAAAUGGAACCCUUCAAAGAAGCGGCGCAGAGGGAGCUUGUCUCACAAAACGGGUUCCAGAAGGCACAGCGAUGGCAGCAGCAGCAGCAGUAGGGAAGAAGACGAUGUCGAUGCCUCCUCUCCUGGCACGAGCUUCUUGAUCCCGAGCGACAUGAAAGUGGACGUAGAGAACUGCAAGUAUGGGGGGGCGACGCCUCUUGUCAUUGCCAACAUGCCACCUCUCUCGAGCUUGGUGAUGUCUAGGUGACUUCCCCGCCACCGCCUUCGUCGUCAUCGUCAGAUGGAUGACAUGUAUCAUGCUGUGUACCUAUGUGUAAUGGCUUACCAACAAGGGGGGCUUCAGGUAUUUCAGUAGAUAGCCUCUCUUUUUUUUGUGAAUGAGUCAAGUGGGUUCGCAUGGAAGCUGUUGGCUCUUCCUCUUUUUGUUUUGUAUUUUUCUUUAUCUAAAUCUAGCUAGCUAGCUUUUCUAAGAA